AUGGAGCCCCAACGAUUCUUGUGGGUCUGCUUCUGGUGCCACGACACGUUCGUCGAGCUACCCGAUUGUCUCAAGCACCAGUCCAGCCACGCAACCAAAGACACCGAGGGUCACCAAUCGGCGAGCCCAACCGAUAUUCAGCAACGAAGGCAACACCACUUGGGGCCGAAGGAGCGCCGGCAUCGGUGCUCGGUGUGCCCCCGCACCUUCAACCUCGGCAAAAACCUCACCCAGCACUCGCACACCCACACGGACGUACAUCUGUACCAUUGCACCGUGUGCUGGCAAACCUUCUCCCAGAGCGCGAGCUGCUCGAGGCACAAGCGCACCCACGAGGGCCAGCGCUUCCAUCGCUGCUCCACGUGCCAAAGGGCUUUCGGCCGUGCGGACAACCUCGCCAGGCACGAGCUCACCCACGCCCCGGCCGAGCGUGCCCCCCACUGCUGCACCGCGUGCCCCCGAACUUUCACCCGAGCCGAUCACCUCGCGGCUCACGCGCGCGUCCACACCGGGGAAAAGCCGUACCGAUGCUCCGUGUGCCAACGAGCUUUCGCCCGAUCCGACACACUUGCCAAGCACACGCGCUCCGUGCACACGGACAGGGACGAGCAAACGCGACUCGAGAUGAAACACCGCAAGGAGGAGGACGAUCUGUACCGCAAGUUUGCGCACCACCGCGAGGAGGAGGACCGCAGGAUACGCGAGGAGUUCCGAGACGAGUGGGAAAAGGAGCUGGAGCAGUUGUCGGUGAAAUGGGAGCGCGAUCGCGGCAGCAAGACGCGCGCCCAGCAGUUCCAGCAGGAGAAGGAGGACCUCGAGAAGAACAUGACCCUGCGCAGGGACAAGAAGAAGGAGAGCCUCACCCGGAAAAUGCUCGAGCACGAGCGGUAA